UUGCUCGAGGCAACACACAAGUAACACAGGGAGCACAGAUACGUUCGGCCAUACCGAAGAUGGCUAAGCUUGCCGCAUUGGCUAUGGUAGCGUUGCUUGGCUGCGUGGCGCGGACGUGCCACGCUUCAGGGUAUGGUGGGUAUCCCAGCCCGGGCACGCCUAGCAGCUACCCUCCACCUCCACCCAGCCCAACGCCAACCCCGCCUAGCCCGAGCCCUCCUCCUGCUGCGCCGGCGCUCGCGAUCGGACACUACUACAAGACAUGCUACAAAGCUGAACAGAUCGUGAGGGAUUCAGUGAGAAAGGCGGUGUAUGCCAACCGCGGCAUCGGCGCCGGGCUCAUCCGCCUUUUCUUCCACGACUGCUUCGUCAGGGGGUGCGACGCCUCGGUCCUCCUCGACCCGACGCCGGCCAACGCUCAGCCAGAGAAGCUCGGCAUCCCCAACUUCCCGAGCCUGCGCGGCUUCGAGGUGAUCGACGCGGCAAAGGCGGCGCUCGAGGAGGCCUGCCCUGGAGUCGUCUCGUGCGCGGACAUCGUCGCUUUCGCUGGCCGCGAUGCCACUUUCUUCCUCAGCAACGGGAGGGCGUAUUUCGACAUGCCGGCCGGCCGCUACGACGGGAACGUGUCCCUCGCCAGCGAGACCCUCCCCAACCUGCCUCCGCCCUUCGCCACCCUCCAGACGCUCAAGGACAUGUUCGCCUCCAAAGGGCUCACCGCCGACGAGAUGGUCACCCUCUCCGGCGCACAUAGCGUCGGGGUCUCCCACUGCUCGUCCUUCUCGGACCGCCUCCCUCCCAACCCCUCUGACCCCUCGGCCAUGGAUGCCACGCUCGCCGCGUCUGUGCAGGUAAAAUGCAACCGCACUGGUGACCCCGUGGUGGUGCAGGACUUCAGGACCCCGGGGGACCUAGACAACCAGUAUUACAAGAACGUGCUCGAUAAAAAAGUAUUGUUCAAGUCGGACGCCGCACUCCGUUCGUCGGAGACUGGGGCACAAGUGCUCCUCAACGCCUGGAUCCCUGGGCAGUGGGAGCAAAAGUUCAAGGCGGCCAUGGUGAGGAUGGGCAGUAUCGAAGUGAAGACCAGGGCCAACGGGGAGAUCAGAAAACAGUGCCGGUUUGUGAACUAGCUAAGCGGUGGAUCAAAAUAUCACAAGAAUUGACGCAUAUCUUAUCUUGAUUCUCCACGCUGGAGACUCAUGAGAAUAUGCUAAUGGUUUAUGUAUGUGCCAUUUUCGAGUUAUCGUUGCUGUUUGAUUUCAGAUACGGUUAUUUUUAGCAAAAAUAACUAUGACUAUUUUUGCAUUACAUGUACCGACAUUUUCCGUGCACUUGAUUAAUUAAAGAGAUUAUAAUUACAUUGUCUUUUGUUUUAUCGGUCUCUCGUACUAAGUUUCAAGAGUUGAAAUUUAACAUUAAUUUUGAAAAUUCGUCAAAAUGUAUUCAGGAUCUUAUUUGAAAGGCCUCGUCACGAGAAACAUGAAUAUGAAAACAGAAUUAAUUUUAGACUUAUCGUUCAAAAUAUAUAAAUUUUUGAAAACCGGAAGCCAAAAAUAAAUCACGCGGGGAGACUAGGUGCCCUGAGACCUGCAUGCCACAGAUCCUCAUCCGUCCAAGAAGAGCUUUGCUACACAUACAGGAUAUUACAGGAAUGAGGGGUUUACAGGGUGUUGCGGCGGUUUUUAAUUGGUCAUUAGUAGAAGCACGAGCCCACCCCCAUUGAAAUCAGGGGGAUGUGUUUAGAAAGUUUGGAAGGAGCCUUAGAAACAUCUAAAAG